AUGAGUGACUUAGGUUUCGAUCCGAGCUUGAAAAAGAAGAAGAAGUCCAAGAAGCCUACUGAGGAGGCCGAGGGCGGCAGUCCUUCGCCAGCCAACGCCGAGUUGGACGACAUGUUCGCAGGCUUGAAGAAGAAGAAGAAGUCUAAGAAGACAGACGAGAGUGGCGACAGUGGAGCGUCUCCUUCUGUGGACAGCGUUACCGCCUCGUUUGACGAUUUGGGAUUGAAAAAGAAGAAGAAGAAGUCUACGAAAGCGGCUGGAACCAGUGACUUCGAGCAAGCCUUGGAGAAAGCUGGACUUGACGAUGUCACGGGAGCUGCUCCAUCAGACAACCAGGAGUUGCCAGUACAGACCACUUUGGGCUUGCCAUACGAUUUCCUUUUGUCUCGUUUCUUUACGAUCUUGAAGCAGAACAACCCAGAGUUGGCUGGCGACAGAAGUGGCCCUAAGUUCAGAAUCCCUCCUCCAGUGUGUCAGAGAGAAGGUUCCAAGAAGACCUUGUUUGCCAACGUGCAAGAAAUUGCUACUGUUUUACAGAGAAAUCCCGAGCAUUUGAUCCAGUUCUUGUUUGCUGAGUUGGGUACUUCCGGUUCCAUUGACGGUGAGAAGAGAUUGGUCUUGAAGGGUAAGUUCCAGCCCAAGCAGAUGGAGUCCGUCUUGAGAAGAUACAUCAUCGAGUACGUGACAUGCAAGACUUGUAAGUCUAUGAACACUGAGUUGAAGAGAGAAUCGGCCAACAGAUUGCAUUUCUUGAGCUGUAAAGCCUGUGGUUCCACGAGGUCUGUGUCGAGUAUCAAGACCGGUUUCCAGGCCCAGAUCGGCAGAAGAAAGAGAAUGUAA